AUGACUAUUGGUGAUAGGGAGAAGUGGACUGCCACUAAUGUGCGUAAGGCUUUUCUAGAUUUUUUCAAAUCCAAGGACCAUAAAUUUGUUGCAUCAUCACCAGUGGUUCCUUACGAUGAUCCAACACUUUUGUUUGCCAAUGCUGGUAUGAAUCAGUACAAGCCAAUCUUUCUGGGUACUGUGGAUCCGUCCUCUGAUUUUUACCAUUUGAAACGUGCAUACAACUCUCAAAAAUGUAUUAGAGCCGGUGGUAAGCACAACGAUUUAGAAGAUGUAGGUAAGGAUUCUUAUCACCACACUUUUUUUGAAAUGUUGGGUAAUUGGUCCUUUGGUGAUUAUUUCAAGCAAGGUGCAAUUUCCUACGCUUGGGAAUUGUUGACUAAAGUUUACGGUUUACCUGCAGACAGACUAUAUGUUACUUAUUUCGAAGGUGAUCCAAAAAAUGGAUUAGAAGCUGAUAUGGAAGCCUUUGAAUUAUGGAAGUCUGUCGGUGUGGACGAAAGUCAUAUUUUGCCUGGUAAUGCUGAGGAUAAUUUCUGGGAAAUGGGUGAUCAGGGCCCCUGUGGACCUUGUUCUGAAAUUCAUUUCGACAGAAUUGGUGGUAGAAAUGCUGCUUCUUUGGUCAACAUGGAUGAUCCCGAUGUUUUGGAAGUUUGGAACCUUGUGUUUAUGCAAUUCAACAGAGAACAAGAUGGUAGUUUAAAACCAUUGCCAGCAAAACACAUCGAUACCGGUAUGGGAUUCGAAAGAGUGGUUUCCAUUUUACAAGAUUACAGAUCGAAUUACGACACUGAUGUUUUCACACCGCUAUUUGCACGUAUUCAUGAGGUCACCGGCGUGAGACCAUAUGCUGGUAAAUUUGGUGCUGAAGAUACUGAUGGUAUAGAUACCGCUUAUAGAGUUUUGGCUGAUCACGUUCGUACUUUGGUGUUCGCAAUUGCUGAUGGUGGUGUACCAAAUAAUGAAGGUAGAGGCUACGUCUUGAGACGUAUUUUAAGAAGAGGUGCUCGUUUCGCUCGUAAAUACAUGAACUAUCCAAUUGGGGAUUUCUUUUCCAGAUUGGUGCCAACUUUGAUUUCUCAAGUUCAAGAUAUCUUCCCUGAAGUUGCUAAGGAUCCAUCCUACUUGUUCGAAAUUUUGAACGAAGAAGAAGUUUCAUUUGCCAAGACCUUGGACCGUGGUGAAAGAUUAUUCGAAAAAUACGCUGACGCUGCUACUAGCUCAGGUAAAAAGACCUUAGACGGGUUACAAGUCUGGAGAUUGUACGAUACUUACGGUUUCCCAGUGGAUUUGACUGAAUUGAUGGCUGAAGAAAAGGGCUUGACUAUCGAUGGUCCAGGCUUUGAAAAGGCCAAGCAAGAAUCUUAUGAAGCUUCUAAGAGAGGUGGUAAAAAAGAUGGUGCUGAAGUUUUGAAAUUAAACGUUCAUGAAAUCUCCGAAUUGAACGGUGAAAACGUGCCUAAGACUAAGGAUGAAUACAAAUACGGCAUGGAAAAUGUGGAUUCCACCAUUUUGAAAUUGCACGAUGGUACCAAGUUCGUCAACGAAAUCUCUGAACCUGGUAAGAAAUAUGGUGUUAUUCUAGACAAGACUUGUUUCUACGCAGAACAAGGUGGUCAAGAAUACGACACCGGUAAACUUGUCAUCGACGAUGUCGCUGAAUUCAACGUGGAAAAUGUGCAAUUGUACAAUGGGUUCGUCUUCCACACUGGUUCGUUACUUGAAGGAAAAUUGUCGGUUGGUAAUAAAAUUAUUGCAUCUUAUGAUGAAUUGCGUCGUUUCCCAAUCAAGAACAACCACACUGGUACUCACAUUUUAAACUUCGCCCUAAGAGAAGUUUUGGGCAAUGAUAUUGAACAAAAAGGUUCUCUCGUGGCUCCAGAGAAGCUCAGAUUCGAUUUCUCUCACAAAAAAGGUAUGGCUGCUGAUGAGAUUCUCAAAGUGGAAGAUAUUUGUAACAAACAAAUAAAAGAGAACAUGUCUGUUUAUUACAAGGAUGUACCCCUUACUGAUGCUAAAAGUAUCUAUGGUGUUCGUGCUGUCUUUGGUGAAACUUAUCCAGACCCUGUUCGUGUGGUUUCCGUGGGUAAAUCAGUGGAUGAUUUAUUGGCUAACCCAUCUAAUGAAGAAUGGUCCAAAUAUUCUGUAGAGUUUUGCGGUGGUACACACGUCGUUAAGACUGGGGACAUUAAAGUUUUCGUUAUCUUGGAAGAAAGUGGUAUCGCCAAGGGUAUCAGACGUAUCGUUGCCGUGACCGGUUCAGAAGCCUAUGAAGCUCAAAGAAUUGCCAACGAAUUCGACAAAGAAUUAAAUGCUGUUGAUAGAUUGCCAUUCUCACCCCUAAAGGAAAAGAAAUUGAAAGAAUUGAGUGUCAAAUUGGGUCAAUUGUCUAUUUCAGUAGUAUCCAAGCAAGAACUAAAGACCAAAUUUGCCAAGAUCGAAAAAGUGGUCAAGGAUGAGAUCAAAACUAGAGCCAAACAAGAGUCUAAGAAGACCUUGGAUGAAGUCAAGGAAUAUUUCGCCAAGAAUGAAAACUCCCAAUUUUUGGCAAAGUUCGUUGACAUUCCUACAAACGCUAAGGCUAUCACAGAAGCUGUUAACUAUGUGAAAUCCUCUGCUAAGGAUAAGUCUAUUUAUUUGUUCACAGGUAACGAUCCUGAGGGCAAAAUUGCCCACGGUUGCUACAUCUCAGAUGCUGCACUAUCUAAGGGCAUUGACGGAUCAACUGUUGCUAAGCAGGUUUCUGGUAUCAUUGGUGGAAAAGCUGGUGGUAGAGGUAACGUUUUCCAAGGUAUGGGGGACAAACCAACCGCUGCCGGAGAUGCUGUCGCCGAGGUGGAGAAACUUUUCAAAGAAAAAUUGCAGCUUUGA